AGAGAGGGAAAGGUGGAGCAAAUGCAAUUUUGUGUUUCAAAAAUCAAAUACCUUUCCAUAAUUAGAUCCAAGAGAGAGACCGAGGAGAAAAAGGCAGAGUCUAUCAGGUCCAAGUUCUGUUCCAAGGGUUUUCUUCUAAGGGUUUUUAACUUUCCCCCCAAAAAAUUUCUGCCAUGGAAACAACUCCUUCUUCUCAGCCAAAGAAGCGUGGGAGGCCAAAGGGUUCUUCAACCAAAACCAAAGAGGAAAGAGAUAAGGAGCCCCAUAGGAUGAGAGGUAGUAUUACUGAUAAGAAAGCUGCUGCUAAUGCUAUCGACGAGAAAUAUGUUCAGUGGAAGUCACUCGUCCCUGUUCUCUACGACUGGUUCGCUAAUCACAACCUCGUUUGGCCUUCCCUCUCUUGCAGGUGGGGUCCAAUAGUUGAGCAGGGUGCUUUGAAAAACCGCCAGCGACUCUAUCUCUCUGAACAGACGGAUAAGUCAGUGCCUAACACUUUGAUCAUAGCUAAUUGUGACGUGGUGAAGCCCAGGGUUGCAGCAGAAAAUCACAUUGCAAAUUUCAAUGAAGAAGCACGUUCGCCAUUUGUGAAGAAGUACAAAACCAUAAUACACCCAGGAGAGGUUAACAGAAUCAGAGAACUCCCACAAAACAAAAACAUAGUGGCAACCCAUACUGAUGGUCCUGAAGUUCUCAUUUGGGACAUUGAAGCUCAGCCCAAUAAGCAUGCUGUCUAUGGUGCUGCUGCUUCGCGUCCGGAUCUGGUAUUGAGUGGCCAUCAAGACAAUGCAGAAUUUGCUCUGGCACUGUGCCCAAUGGAACCCUUUGUCCUCUCUGGAGGAAAGGACAAAACUGUGGUAUUGUGGAGCAUUCAAGACCACAUUUCAACAUUGGCAGCAGAUGCAACCAAGCCUGCUGGAUCAGCUGGCUCUAUAAUUAAGUCUGCUGAUAAUCCAUCUAUUGGUCCACGUGGUAUCUUCCAGGGCCAUGAGGAUACAGUUGAAGAUGUUCAGUUUUGCCCUUCAAGUUCACAGGAAUUUUGUAGUGUUGGUGAUGAUUCAUGCCUCAUAUUGUGGGAUGCUCGAGUUGGUAAUAAUCCUGUUGUGAAGGUAUGCGUUGCUUGGGUGCUUUUCUUUAAUGUUUAUCUAGUGGCAGGGUUUAAUACUUAGCAUGUGUAACUCAGAUCCGCUGAUAAUUCGGUACGCUUGUUUGACCGGCGAAAUUUAACUUCGGAUGGGGUUGGAUCACCGGUCCAUAAGUUUGAACAUCACACAGCCGCAGUUCUCUGUGUUCAGUGGUGUCCUGAUAGGGCUUCUGUGUUUGGGAGCUCCGCAGAGGAUGGCCUCUUAAAUAUUUGGGACUACGAGAAGGUUGGUGAAACAACAGACACUGAAGCGAAAUCGCAAGAUGAUCCUCCUCCAGGCUUAUUUUUUCAGCAUGCUGGACACAGGGAUAAAAUUGUGGACUUUCACUGGAAUGCAUCGGAUCCAUGGACUAUUGUUAGUGUAUCUGAUGACUUGGAGACCUCUGGCGGAGGCGGCACACUACAGAUAUGGCGCAUGAGUGAUUUGUUGUACCGACCAGAGGAGGAAGUUUUGGCUGAGCUGCAACAGUUCAAGGACCAUGUGAGCAAGUGCGCUCCCAAGCCCUAAGCCUGAGGUAUUUUUACGCAAUGGUGCUUCCAAAUGAAAUGUAAUUGUAGGCCCUAGAGUACACCAUAUGAGUUGUUAGCAGUAUCUGUAAUAGUUGAAUGGAUUUAGCUUUUGGACUAUUGAUGUUUGCCCGUAGCGAAAUAUGUAGGAGCUAUGCUUGAACUUAUUAUAAGCCAGUAGACGGUAAGCAGUAAAGUUUCCGAGACUGGAGAGCAUGAUGUUGUAUGUAUUGGAUAUAUCGUGCGGUAUUUUGCUACUUGGAUGUUUGACGUUCUUAUAUUGUGAAAUCAUGGUGUGUUCUGUUUGGACUUGAAAA